CCGCUCGGCGCUCUGCCACUAGCUCUGACUGUCCAGGGAGGGCGGACUUCAGGCGGAUCUGUCGCCCCCGCGCCGGGCCUGGAUGUCUCUCCCGCCCUAGCCUCCCCGCCUGUGGCCACCACCCCUAGCCUCUCUCAAUGAGCUCGGAGUCCCGGAGAGGAUUAAGGCCUGGAAACACAGGGGGACUCCCUUUAUCAAGGAGGCCACCACACGUGGCAAGAGCCACAGCCUGGGGCACUCCUGAUGUCAGAAGUAAGUGGGCAGGUUGACUGACCACAGACAUCUCUGAGAAUCGGCAUGAACUCCAGGAUCCCAUCUGCUCGAAGCUGGUUCAGCAGUCAUCCACCCACCACUGAGCCUGACCUGGAGCCUGCCACUGAUGGACCCACCUCUGAGACUCUCAGCCCAGAAGCCACAAGCUUCAAUAACACUAGAAUCCAUGACACAGCUAGUGGUGCAGCUGGUGUGGGUACUAUGCUUCUAUCCUUUGGGAUCAUCACGGUGAUUGGCCUGGCUGUGGCCAUGGUUUUCUACAUCAGGAAGAAGAAGAGGCUGGAGAAACUACGCCACCAGCUCAUGCCUAUGUACAACUUUGAUCCCACGGAGGAGCAAGAUGAACUGGAGCAGGAGCUGCUGGAGCAUGGGCGGGAUGCGGCCUCUUUACAGGCCAUGCAAAGCAAGAGCACUCUUCCUUCCCAGGGCCCUCUGCAGAGGCCCAGCCGACUGGUGUUUACUGAUGUAGCCAAUGCCAUCCAUGCAUGAGUGGCCUGAGAUCAGGCCUGGACCUCUGAUAAAGACACCUGCCACAGCACCCACAGAGCCACCCACUACCUGAUUGUCAAGACUGUUCUCAGGACCUGCCCUGUCAAGACAGGAAAAGGCUGACCAGCCCCAGCUGUUCUGCGGACUCACCUGCUGACUCUUCAGGCUGCCCGUCUGGCCACUGACCUCUCCUGACCCAAUAGCCCUGACAUGGAGGACAUCCUUCCUACUAGGCAGAUCCAGAACUACUGCUGGCUUCCUUGUCUCCUGGCCGCACCCCUCACAUCAAGGCCUGCUGCUCUAAUGUGGAAGAAAUGGGGAGAAGGCUCCCCUUUGUCAAGGAGAGACCUGGUUUCUUAAAUCUGGGACUUCCUUUGGGUUGAAAGAGGCCACAACCCAGGUCACGGAGACGGGGUAGGACAGCACCUGUUAUAGGCCCUGAGAGGCCCAAGAUGGAGCUGAAAUUUCCCAGUAGGCAAGAUGCCAGGAGAAGAGCUGCUCACACCCACGUUCCAUCAAAAUUACAGAGUACCCAUGAGGUCUCCCAGCCACCAAUCCCCAGUAGACAGCUGUUUUCUGGGCCUGAAGAAGGGUGGAAACUGAGGGAAAAGGAAUUGGGGGGGAAGGACGUGGAGGGAUGUAGCCCUGAGGCCUACUGAGAGGCUUCGUGUACAAACACUAUUGGGCCCACAAAGCAGACACAUUCCCGCCCUAGCACAGGGUUGAGUGGCAGCAUGGAGACCUCUGCAUUGGUUCCAUCCUCCAAGCCUACCUCCAUGCCAUGGUAUGCAGUGGGGCAUCAGGGUAGGCCACUUCCUCUGACUUCUGCAAUCAGGAGUGACAAGGAAGAGGGAAGCAAGGCCAGAUUCUGUCAUCCACUGCAUUUCUUCAUAUCAGGAUCUGGGGAUGGUCCUAGGCUGUAGGCUAGUGGGGAAAUUCCUUCUACCUAAAAUGGGGUCCCUUUGGGGAAAAGAAUUUAAGAAGCCUAGUCUAUGUUUUAAUCUUCCCACAUCUGUAUGGGAAGAUCUCAUUGUGUUUGUUGAGUGGGGAAGGUCUCUGUACUUGGCCUCCUCUUUAGCAUUGGAAGGUGGCAGCUGAUGCCAGUGGCAUCUGGGCUGGGCAUUGGGCAGGAUAGUCCUCAAGGGCUGGGAGUGCAUGUACUCAUGAAUGUGCACAGAGGCAUGUCCCUAUACCCUGACUCACCACCACCACUGUUCUCCCCUGCUUGGAAGGGACAUAGGGCGGCACAAACGGAUCUUCCAUUGGACAAAUGCCACACAUCAGGAAAUGACAGCCUAGGAAGCCCUGUGGGGAAGGUUCUCAAUUUAUUCCCUCCUCUAGAUGCUAUAAAUACAUUAGCACUGGAGGACUGUGAGUAAUUUAGGAUGCACAAAAAGCUGUAAUUUAACUCACAGUAUCUCUACGUGAGAGCAUUAAAGAUGUAAUUAAGAUGUUUACAUGAAGAGAGUGCAGCCUGUGACACUGGGGGUAUGAAACCUCAGAAGGGGACCUGAUGAGGAAGGGACUGUGGGAGGCCUGGGGGUAAUCACUUGGAUCCCAGAUAUAAGGUAGCAGUCCUUCAUCUGUCUGAGAAAAGGCUUCUGGCCCCGAGUUCAAAUUCAGGGUCUUGGAUCUCAGCUGUGGAUUGGGGUCACAAUGCCUUCCACUUCCUGGGCUGGAGAAGACCUUGUGAGACCAAGGGAGGGAGGAGGAUUCAGCCUCAAAGACAGGGUUAGGAGUAGGGGUGGUUUGACACCUUGGAGUCCCCAGAAGCUGAGUCAAACACAAAAGGGAACAAAGUAACAUGGCCUUCCCUGGAGCACAAGGGCACAGGGUAUGGGUAAGGGCUGAGAAGCCAUAGGGUUGUGUGUGUAGAACUCACCUGUGAGAUUCAGAAAGUUUUGGAGAAGAAUGACACUAGGAUGACCUUCCUGGUUUUGGUACUGAAAUUUCCACAAGCCAGGACUCAACUGAGGUUCCAGAGAGCUGAGCUUCAGACUAAGUUGGAAAUAAGGUGUGUGUGGGAGGCCCCAGGCCUAUGAUGGGGAGGGAACUGCUGGACAGGGCCUCAGAUAAAGCUGAGGACCAGGCACCCCUUGGGCUGCCCAUAUGAAUCACAACUAGGCCUGGCAGUGACAGCCUUGUUCUUGGAAAGGCAUCUCCUUCCCUUAGCAGACUGGCAGGAUCUCUGAGCGGCCUAGAAUGGAGGGUAAGCUGUGUGUUCCACCCUGCUGGGUAGCCCCUCAGUUCAGGAACAUGAGCGCUGCAGAAGACUUGGUGUCUGACGAUCCUCAAGGAACAGGGAUCCUGAAGCAAGGCUGGCAUGAAGGGGUCUCCAGAGGGGCAUACCCUUCUUUCUCACUGCCUCAGACCCUUUCCCUGAUGGGUGGACCUGGCUAGGGGAUAGACACUGGGCUGCCAUCACUGUGGGCAGUUACCUCCUCUUCCCUUCUAUCUACUUUGUAUUUUCUAGCUUUUCUUCUCCACACUAGUGGAAAACCAAAUUACCUUUGAAUAUGGAAUUGAUAAAUAUUGGGGUGAAAGGCUUGAUGGGUUUGGCCUCAAGCCUGGGGAACUGACCAGGGCUCUCCUCAAUGCCCUCUGCUAGGAAGAUAGGUGAGAUGGGCUACCCACUGUUAAGGCUUCUGCAGUUAACUGUUGCUUGAAGCCCUCAAAAGGUCCCCUGCUCCCCCACCUACACACACAUGCACAAGCGCGCACACACAUGCUCUUCUGUGAGUGAAAACCUCUGAUAGCAGUCAGGGCUUCAGGCCAAAGGCAGCGGUAGUUUGUUGUGUACAACAUCAUCAAAGGAGGGUAACCUCUAAGCCUGGCACAGUAGUGUAUACAUGGUAGUGUCAUGGAGUACUCUGGGAAGCUAAGGCAGGAGGAUCAUAAGUUCAAGCCCAGCCUGGACAAUUUAGCAAUUUGGCAAGAUCCUGCCUCAAAAUAAAAAAAUUUAAAAGGCCUGGAGGUGCAUGAAGGUCCUGGGAGGGUUCAAUCCCCAAUACUGUACUGGGGCGGGGAGGCCAUCAUCUUGUUUAAUAUGGUAAAAUGUCACCUUCAAGCCAAAGUGGACAAAGCAGUGCCAUCACCUGGCAGCACGCAGAGUGGGACACUUCCAGAAUGUAGAGGAAAGUGGUAAUGAGGAGAGCCCAGAAGCUCCAGCAGUGUCUGAUCCUGCCAUGGACUCCUUCCAGAGGAAUGAGCUCAGUAACACAUGAGCUCAGUACCACAGCCCAUCGGUGAGCCAACCCACACCUGCAUUUCAUCCUAGACUGGAGAAGACAUCAAGUAGGGGGAAAGAGGAGUGUGGGGGUACUGUGUGUAGGUAUUAUAUUUCUGUCUACAUACAUCUGUUUGCAAAAGGAGGCAGGCAUGGGGCUGGGUAUGCCUGGGUGGUCAGAGGCUGAGACAGAUACCCCUCACCUAUCCUGUGCAUCUGUGCCCCUCAGCAGGUCUCAACACAGAGGACCAUGGCUGAGGCUAUCUGGGGAAACCCUAAGACAGGCUGAGCAGCUCUAUCACCCUGGCCUCUGAGGGCUCAGGAUGGGGACAGUGGCAUCUAUGGCUGCACAGAGCACACUCAGUGGACAUACUAAGAAGUGAACAAGAAGUGUGUGAGCAUCACGUGUGUAGGGAGGGGAGGGAGGAAGAAGAAAGCAGGUGGACCAAGCAGGACAAGACCAGGCUGCCAUCCCAUGUAGGCCUGGAUUUGCCCUUAGCAUGCUCUCCUUCCUAUUCCCAGAACUCCUCUAUAGUGUCCCUAUGGUGUCCACAUCCCAGGGCUUUUCCUGCAGUAGCAAAACAGGACAACUAUCACUGCUCCCCGGAGACACCUGUGUAUUUCACACACACACACACAUACACACACACACACACACACACACACACACACACACACACACUCCUGAGGGAGGGAGAUGAGAGCAGCAGUUUGUAGGGAGGGAUAAGUGGUCCAUUCCAGAGGUAAAUCCAGAGUGAGACCCUCCAUCCAGGAAACGGUCUGUGGUAGGAUCAGAGGACCAGCUGGCACUGAGUGCUGUGUCUGAAAAGGGAGUUUCCUUUUCCCAACCUCUGUCCUUGAAAGGAGUGUAUCAAAGACCAUUCCCGGACAGGUGAGGAAUCCCUACUUCUCAAAUCCCUCCACCCAGCUCCAUGAGCACCUUCUCUCUCAGGGUUAAGCUGAAAAGGUGACACUGUGGGAUUCUGGUCUGAUCCAUGAGUGUGGCAAAGCCUGAAAUUUCUGUGUGAGCUGGGUGGUCAUGGAGGAACGUGGGUCUGGAAUGUGGGCCUGGAAUGUCUGGAGAUCCCUAGCCUCAGGGUUUCUCUGGCUGAUGUUACAGAGUUUGAAUCUGUGGACAGAGAGGAGAGUAGAGAAGCAUUUUCUCCUACACAGUGGGUUUCAAGGCCUUCCUCAAUAAACCAGACACAGCUCAAUCCACAGCUGGAGUUGGACGAGGGCCUCUGAUCCAACAGGAGGGACAGACAAAGCUGGGGCUUGUAUACCCUCUUGCUGGCAACAUGCUAUGACUGGAAACAGGGCAGGUAAGGAGCUGUCUCCUGAGCUGGAGCCACUGGCAUGGAAGGCCCAAAAACCCCUGGCCUUAAGCUACUUUUAUGGGGACUGUUAUGGCUUAUAUCUAGAUGUCCCCCAAAGCUUCAUGCACUUGCAUAUAGGACUUUUGGGAAUGACUGGAUUGUGGAUGUGUGUUGAUGGAUUAGUCCACUGAUUGGUUUAGCAUAGUUCUGGGUGUAAGUGAUGGACUUACUGAAGAGGGA